AGCCACAAGCUGCUACAUGCGGCAUUGUUUUGAAAAUGAAUGCUUUAACAUUUUUCUUUUUAUGUUUCUACACAUCCAGUGCACUUUUGCCAGAGUAUCUGGUGGAAGAAGAAUGGAAUAAAUUUAAGGCUAUGCACGCCAGGGCGUUUUUCGACCCUUUGGAAGAAAGUCUCCGCAAAUCAAUCUUCAUAAAGAAUUUAGAAAUCGUUGAAGAACACAACGAAAAAUAUCAAAACGGUUCCGAAACCUACGAAAUGGGUAUCAACAAAUUCAGCGAUUUCACUGAAGAAGAACUAACCAACUUAACAGGACUCCAACUCCCUCUUGAAAUCGAACAACCCCUUAUUAACAUUACAGAAGAAUCAUUGUUUUUCUCUUUAGGUAGAAGCCUUCCAGCAUCGUUUGAUUGGAGGCAACGAGGUGGUGUUACCCCGGUCAAAAACCAAGGUCAAUGUGGUUCCUGUUGGGCUUUCGCAACCCUUGGUGCCAUUGAAUCCCAUUAUAAAAUCCGUUUCAAACGUACAGUCAGUCUAAGCGAACAACAGUUAGUGGAUUGUGUAGGAAGAGGAGGCGGUUGUGGUGGUGGUUGGAUGCCAACAGCUUACUCUUAUAUUGCAAGAAAUAAAGGUGUGAAUUAUAACAGAGACUACCGUUAUCAAGCCAGAAAUGGUAAAUGUAGAUACAGUUCAUCGAAACCUCACAUAACCAUUCGAGGCUAUGCUGCUAUUAAUAAUAAUCAAAACGAAGAGGCAGUAAGAAAGAUGGUGGCUACUAAGGGACCCGUUUCAGUAGCCAUUCACGUCGACACUCGCACAUUUAACAGUUAUAAAUCGGGGGUUUACAAUAACCCUUCUUGUAGAGGUGUUUUAAACCAUGCUGUCGUAAUAGUCGGCUAUGGAAGAGAAAGAGGCUUGGACUAUUGGUUGGUGAAAAAUUCUUGGGGUUCAACUUGGGGACAAGGAGGUUAUAUCAAAAUGGCGCGAAAUAGAAGAAACCAGUGUGGGAUUGCAACACAUGCCAGUUACCCGGUUUUCUAAAAAUUUUACUUCCACCAUUUUUUAGUGUAUAGAUAAGUAAAUAUCACCUUAAGUGAACUAUAAUGCUGUAUAAUGAAUUCAUCAAUAACGAUAUAGUUUAUAUUUUGUUACUGUGUAGAAAAUAUCAGCAGGGCCAAAAAGUUAUUGUUUUAAAAGUAAUAACAGUAAAGUUGUUUAUAAAAUAAAA